AGCUCUGCCCUCUGAUCUCCAGGCAAGCUUUAUUUGUCAGAACACAAAAUAACACACAACACCAUGGCGCAGACUAGGGCUGCUGCCUACAGGUAAUAGGGAGAGGAAGUGAGUGGUCCUCAACGUGGCUAGAGACGGAAGAAAGGAAGGCUUUUAACAGAGGGCUCCCCACUGGUACUACAGCUUCAUGACCGUAACCCGUCUCACUUGAUAAAACGUGGACAAUAACCGAACCGACUUAUAAAGGUCGCUACGUGAAGUUUAAAGAGUGCCUGGUAUACAGGAGGAGCUCAAUAAAUACUCCUGCCAGUGGCAUUUCACCACGCAGCACAGCCCACGCGGUAAUUUUUCGGGAUAGUCGAAGAGCCUGUGCGGGAUACAAACACGUGGGGCGUGCUAGGGACGAUGGGGACUGAUUCCUAACAGUCCCCGAUUUCCAGCCAGAUACAACGUGCUCCGCACUCGCGGGCCCCACGUGAGGCCUCCGAGGCCAGGGUUUGAGUUUCACGGUGACCUUGGACCAGCCUCGUUCCUCACGGAGCCUCUCCUUUCUCAUCUGGAAACCGCCGCGUGGGGCCCACGAUGGGCCCACGGCCGCCCUGUGGAAACCACCCCACCGCGUGUCUCUGGCAGGCCCGCGCCCGACCGGUCUCCAUGGCAGCGCCCGACCCACCUUCUUGCCGGCAGUAGGACAUGGUUGCUCCCGACGCUCGCAGCUCUCGAAGACAGCCGGGGCGGCCGUAGCGGAUACACCUUCAACGCCGUGACCUCCCUUCUCUCCCCAAGCCUGGCGGGAGGCAGUGAGGCCCGCGCGGACCCGCCCCCUCCAGGCCUGCCCGCCGCGCGCCUGCCUCCAAGCCUACUAAGCACCAGCGCCGCUCCUCAGCCGAAAACUACGUUGCCCAGCAGCCCCUGCGCCCCUCCACCGAGGCAGCAGGCCUCGAGAUGCGCAAGCUCAGACAACUUGCGGGGCGCAGACAACUACCAGCGGGGCGGUAACUCUUGUCCUGAGUCCCGCCAGGUCCCGGAUUCCACGCGGAGUCUUGCAGCUAGCUCUGUGGCAGACAGGAGGUCACCGCAUUCUGCAUUCCGGUCGUUAGCAGAGCAGUGCAAGACCGCGGAGGCGAGCCGGGCCCACCAUGGCCGCAAACUACUCCAGUAUCGGCAGUAGGAAAGAACAUGUCAAAGUGACAUCUGACCCCCAGCCAGGCUUCCUGGAGCGGCUGAGUGAGACUUCCGGUGGGAUGUUCGUGGGGCUCAUGACCUUCUUACUCUCGUUCUACUUAAUUUUCACCAAUGAGGGCCGCGCACUGAAGACAGCCAGCUCUCUUGCAGAGGGCCUGUCACUUGUGGUGUCCCCAGACAGCAUCCACAGUGUGGCUCCGGAGAAUGAAGGGAGGCUGGUGCACAUCAUCGGGGCCCUGCGGACUUCCAAGCUCUUGUCUGACCCAAACUAUGGGGUCCAUCUUCCAGCUGUGAAGUUGCGGCGGCACGUGGAGAUGUAUCAGUGGGUGGAGACAGAAGAGUCCAGUGAGUACACGGAGGAUGGACAGGUGAAGAAGGAGACCAAGUACUCCUACAACACAGAGUGGAGGUCAGAAAUUGUCAACAGCAAAAACUUUGACAGAGAGAUUGGCCACAAAAACCCCAGUGCCAUGGCAGUGGAGUCUUUCACAGCAACGGCCCCCUUUGUCCAAAUUGGCAGGUUUUUCCUCUCAGCAGGCCUCAUUGACAAGAUUGACAACUUCAAGCCCCUGAGCCUGUCCAAGCUGGAGGACCCCCACGUGGACAUCAUUCGCCGAGGAGACUUUUUCUACCACAGUGAAAACCCUAAGUACCCGGAGGUUGGUGAUGUUCGAGUGUCCUUUUCUUAUGCGGGACUGAGCAGCGAUGACCCUGACCUGGGCCCAGCUCAUGUGGUUACUGUGAUUGCCCGGCAGCGGGGUGACCAGCUAAUCCCAUACUCCACCAAGUCUGGGGACACAUUGCUGCUCCUGCACCAUGGAGACUUCUCAGCUGAGGAGGUAUUCCGUAGAGAACAGAAGAGCAAUUCCAUGAAGACAUGGGGCCUGCGGGCGGCCGGCUGGAUGGCCAUGUUUAUGGGCCUCAACCUCAUGACACGGAUCCUCUACACCCUGGUGGACUGGUUUCCUGUCUUCCGAGACCUGGUCAACAUUGGCCUGAAAGCCUUUGCCUUCUGUGUAGCCACCUCACUGACCCUGUUGACUGUGGCUGCUGGCUGGCUCUUCUACCGACCGCUGUGGGCUGCUCUAAUUGGCUGCCUGGCUCUGGUGCCCAUAAUCAUUGCACGGACCCGGGUGCCAGCCAAAAAGCUGGAAUGAAGCCUCAGAGGCCAGGUCCCCUGUCACCUCUGCCCAGCUCCAGCUGAAACAGGCAUCUGCACACCCCACUCUUCAAGGGGCCAGUGUCUACACCUGCAUGUAGAGCUUGGUGUUCACCAGCUCACAUCUCCACCCCACUUCUUGCCAAAAUGCAGCUUUGGUG